AUGACCGACAACACCCUCUACCUCUACACCUCCCUCACAGCGGGCUCCUCGCACAUCGUCACCGCUACCGCCCGUCUCGAAACCAUCCUCAAAGCCAACAAGCUCCCCUUCCGCGCAAUCGAUGUCGCGACCGACGAUGCUGCCCGCAAGCUCUGGGGUCGUCGCUCGCGCGGUCGCAAGUUACCGGGUCUCGUCAAGGCGGGGAUGAUUGUUGGUGAUCUAGAGCAGAUCGAAGAAUGGAACGAAUACGGUGAGCUGAGGAUGCAGGUUAAUAAUGUCGAAGCGUUGGACAGUUUCCCCGCCGAUACGCCUGCAUCUCUGACCGGUAGUCCGGCCACGACCCCCUCCGCGACGGACCCCAAUGCACCCCCGAAACAAAGCACAAUCAAGAUCCAGUCUCCGCCGUCGAAGGAACACACAAAAGACGAUUCGAUUACCGUUGCCAUGCGCCAGGCGAGCGAGGAGGCUGCAUCGAAGGCUAAGGACACCAAAUCCGGGGCUGGACCCACGGACAUUACUACUACUGCUGCUGCUGCUGCUGCUGCUGCUGCACCUACAUCUAACGCAACUGCUGCACCCGCAGCUGGCACUGCGGAAGUCGGGGAAAAGAAAGCCCCCGGCGAAGAAACUCUUUAA